AUGUUCGAGUCAGGUCUUCGGAGGUGGACUGUGGGGCUGUUCCUGCUGGGCGUGGUGAUAGUGCUGUGGGUGUUGUCCUCCUUUCUGAUCAACUAUAUCUUCGAGGAUGGUACUUACAGAAAGCCAUUUUUCAUCACGUAUAUUAACACAGCGUCGUUUAUUUUCUACUUGAUACCGACAUUCAAGAACAUAGUUUACAAUUACAAGGUUACUGGGAAGCCUUAUAUCCACGAAGAAUUGCUUAUAGAGGAGGAGGCUAACGAGACUGUAACAAAUUAUACCGCUGACAACGAGCAGUGCAGGCGGGCUAACAGCAUUGAUGAAGCUAGCAACCCAUUGUUGGAAGCACAGAACAUAGUCAGGGACGCUCAACUGGAUAGAUUAUCUCUGCCUGAAACCAUUAGGCUAAGUGCGGAAUUCUGCGUCCUUUGGUUUGCUGCUAAUUUUGUAACUAAUGCCUCUUUGGGCUACACAUCGGUAGCUUCGCAGACUAUAUUGUCCUCCACCUCGUCAUUCUUCACACUUUUCAUAGGUGCUGCAUUCAGAGUAGAGACAAUUGAUAGAGUUAAAGUCAUCGGAUCGCUGAUAUCCUUUAUUGGUAUAUUACUAGUUACAAAGUCAGACGUACAUAUACCGCAAAAUACACAUAUGCCACAUACCCAUGCUUUAGAUGAGAAGAAAAGAGAUAAAACCUUCGAGAUAUUCUUCGGAAACAUGUUAGCGUUAAGCGGGGCACUAUUUUAUGGACUAUACAGCACUUUGCUAAAGAGAAAAGUCAAAGACGAGAGCAGAAUCAAUAUGAAAAUAUUUUUUGGGUUUGUUGGCCUAUUCACACUCAUUUUGCUAUGGCCAACAUUGUUACUAUUGGAUAAAUUUAAUUGGGAAACUUUUGUGAUACCUCGUGACCCAUUGGUUAUAACUAUCAUCCUUGUCAAUUGUUUGAUAACAUUUGUUAGUGACUUUUGUUGGGCAUCCGCUAUGCUAUUAACAAGCCCAUUAACAGUAACUUUGGGUCUAAGUAUAACUAUUCCACUGGCAAUGUUUGGUGAUUUUCUCUUCAGACAUAAGACAGUCCCGUUCCUUUAUUUUUGCGGUGCUAUCCUAAUUCUGGGAUCUUUCUUUGUUAUUAAUAAGAACUCUGAAAAGAAUGAGAGAAAUGAGGAAGCAAUUGCAUAG